CUUGAUGGACGGGGAUGCAAUAGAAGCCUUCAGAGCUUGCUAGGAUGCAGGAGUUUGUGAGAACAUGUGGUGCAACAAAGAUCUCAGGAUGGCAGCGGUAACAGUCCCUUUCCCGCACACAGCUCUACCCGAGUUUAGUCAGACAUUCGGACACUACCAGAGCCAUAUGCCACCGAUGAUAAACGAAACCGAAGCAACGUUAGAAGACCUUGCUGCAGCAAUCAGAGAGUCAAUGCAGCCUGGCGGCGGAUGCGUCGAGACUGGCCUCAGCUCCGGCUACCCCGAGAUGUCUGAUUAUCAGCACCCCACCUACACGAUACUAGCAGCCAGCGAGGAACGAUAUAUCAGCGACUGGAUGACUGACCUUCCCGAGGUGCCCCAAGUCUCGGCCGACAGCGAAGACGACAAUCAAAGCGUUGUUCUGGAGUUGGAGGACUUGUCGUUCCUGGACGAGAUUGUUGGCACAGACUGCAACAGUGACGGCGAAACAAGCAUCCACAGCAGCCUCAGCGACGGUGCCCCGAGCCCGACGUCCUUCGAACCAUCAGAGUACAAGUCAUCUCUACCGAUGUUUGACCACAUUUGGACAAAACAGAAAGCGGAACUAGCCAUGAUGGAAGAAUCUGACGAGGACUACAUCAAACCAUACUGUAAGAGUCGACGAGGCGCCAAGAAUGUGUUGCUGUGGAAGUUCAUCCUGCAAGUCUUGGAAAACCGACCAGACCUCGCCAAGUGGGUCAACAGAAGCGAAGGCACGUUCAAGUUCGUGGACACCACCGUGAUGAGUCGGAUGUGGGGAGAGAAGAAACGAAAGAGGGACAUGACCUUUGAGAAACUCAGCCGUGGCAUCAGACACUACUACAAGUCAGGCUUGAUGUCCAGGAUUGAGGGCACACGUUUAGUUUACAAGUUCAACUGGCCCCAAGUUCCAAAGCCCUACAGGAAGAACUGAGUGUCAACCAUGUCUGUGAACAAAGCACAGAAACACCACACUGCCCUUGUCAAUUAGCGGAAGUUCCGAGUCACAGACAGGAACGAAAAUGAGCCAUAAUAGAUGACAUCAUAACGGCGUCAUUUUACGAAUGUGACGUCAUCAGAAGCCAUAUUGAGUGUAAGUGACGUAUUGACAACUAUCGAUGUGUCUCAUACCGAUAACGCCUUGAAAAAAAUUAAUUUGUUGGUUGGUGUAUGUGUUUGUUGAAGAACGACGCUUUUUAUGAUCUUGAAAAGAUGUUUAAAGUUGUCACCGGUGUGAAAUGGCGAAAUCUUUUUCGAAGAGGGAUUGAAAUACAUCCAAAAUGAUCCCCAAAAUGAUCACGAAAAUCUAAGAUCUCCAUUAAUCCGUCCAAGUCAUUCCAAUAUAAACAGAUAUAAUCUCAUUUAUCCAAAUUAACUCUUGACAUUGUACAGUAGCAUUAUAUGUAAUCAUCGAAUGCUGUUUAUCCCACAUGAAGACUAACAGUAUAUGACACGUCACCGAUUUGCUCUAAACAUAAUCCUGGUAGGUGUAACACUGUGCAGAAAGAGAAUUCCAAUGUGGCGUAUUUGAUCACGUGUUGCGUUAGGACCGCCAGCCUUUGGGUAUCGUUCAAUGACUUCCUUUAAAAGGAAACAUUACCGUUCAUGCUUAGAUGGUACAACCACCUUGUGUUCAUUGUCUCAUCUUGAAAACUCUUCCAUUCUAUGUGAUAUAGCCUUUGUCUUGCGCGUAUGUGUUUAUGUGUAUUGUUGGUACUCCCUGAUGUAACAGCAUAGUAUUAUGAAAGUUCAACCACCUAAAUUAAAUUCGUUUAUGAUGUAGCUUUUUAAAGCUAGAUUUAAAGUACUUAAGUUGUAUAACAUAAGACUAUUGAUUAAAACGAUUCAGGUUAUGGCACACAGGAAUUAAAGUCCUCAUAAGCUAAAUUAAGUUUUGGCGAAGCUUGAAAAACGUAUAGUCUAAAUAUAAAUAAUUUCACAGUGUUCUUGAAUUGUACUUUUGAUUUGAGUCCCUGGUAAUUGUUAAAUAUCAACAUUAAUGUGUAUUACGGUUAACAACUGUUAUAAAAUCAAUACAACAUAGGUAUUAUCGUUACCAGGCAACUUCUUGAAUAACACGGGCGAAAAAUAUAUUUUGUGCAAUGUGCGAAAUAAUUUGUGGUUUUUAAAACUUGACUAUAUCAGAAUUGUAUUAUAUUUUAUUCAGUUUGAGCGACUUGCAUUUGAAUUUGAAUAAGACAUUAAUUCGCCGAACUUCGAGCGUCUUUAAUGUACCUUUACAUGCAGUUCAUCAAUCUAUGUUAAUCAUGGCUAUGAAUAUUAUUACCAUAUCUCAUGUUUAUAAAAUAAAGUUGAUAAACUACUUGUGCCAAACUUCAGAUUUUUAAUGACUGCGGUAAAUGCAGCUGAAAUAAUUCGGCCAAAUUAGAUGUCGAUAUGGCCUACCAUUCUUUCCCCAACAUUUAGGAUAACAAAUAUGCGUCUCGUACUAUGAUUAUGAUUAUUAUUAUUUCCCUUUUAUCUUGUUAUUUGGGGAAAACGAUACCGGAAAGGGCGUAAAAAUAGUUUGUCGAUUUUAAAGAUUAAACAUUUAAAUAUUACACUUUUCGCUAACGAAUGUACGGAAGUCCACCAGGACCUGUGUUCAAUCUUUUGUAUUUAUUACUUCUUGUAUUUGAAACAUCAUAUUUACAAUUUUAAUAUUUCUGUGCAUUAUGUAUCAUUGUUUGUAUAUAUUUACACCCAAGCGCGCGCUUUCGUGUGCCAAGAUCACGUUAUUUAACUCAUAGUUAACUCAUAGUUACUCGAAGUCACCACAUCAAGACUCAUGUGACUUGAUAUGAGGGUAACGUGAGUUGUAUAAAAUUCCCUUUUCAUCCUAAAAGUUAAUAUCUCGCAUAGGAAAACACAAAACUUCUAAUUUUGUCGAAAUACGCUUACUUCAAGAGUGUUUACGUUUGUUGAAUACAAAGUCGAUGUUCGGACAUUGAUUUGUUACUUUUCUCCACCGGUUAUUCCGAAUUUCUUUGGUUUGUGUUUUCUCCUUUGAUAACCCGAAUUACAUCGGUAAGAUGAUAGGACUUGCACCACUAUCGUGUUCAGAGCGUUAAUGGUGUUUCAAAUGGGUAUAUCCUAACAUAAUAUACAAUUACAGAUACAUGCAUUUGUCAUUCACCUUAAGGCGCGAGUGGCCGAGUUGUCUCAGGAACCACAAUUUGCUGUGCAGAGCUCGAUUCACUUGUCACCAUGAUCUGAGGGCUUGUAAGUCUCGCGAGGCGCUACUUCCGGCACUAAGCUGGUUCCCGGCUCCCUUUGCGCGCGCCAGCUUGCGAUUUGCGAGACGGGGCCCAGCUUACUUCCGGUACCACAUUUCCGGUGACAAGCGUAUGUUCAAGAACCAGUUCUGGUUCCAAAUUUGCUCGACCGCCCAAUAUGACUUUACUAGAUCGGACCCAGUGUACGUUGUUUGUCACCGGGAGUACUAAGGUCUCGCGAAGUGCAGUGAACAACUACUGGACCCUAAUAGUCGUGCUUUAAGGUUACACCAAAGUGGUAAACUUAUAAGAACUGCCUCGGUUCGGGCUAUUUAAUCAUGUCAACCCGACAAGCUUUGAACAUACCUGCAACGUUGUUGAAUGAGGCUUUAAAGUCAUUCUCUUCAUAAGUGAUUCAUUUUUUAACGAACGCAUAUUUCAUAGUUCACGAACCUAUUAAGGUAUCCAAAUCAGGACAUCAAUUCGUUUUUUUAUUUUAUAUUCCAUAAAACUCCCAGGAAUAUUUCUUUAAUAUUCUAUGUUAUUAUGAUUGUGUAUUUGCGUGUUGUUAACUUGAACCGGUGAUUUACAUUUUGCGUUUCAAGGAGCUGAAAAAGAACCCAAUUAGUAACUGCCCCCUGUCAGUCAAGAAACGUGUACAGAUACUGUGUUAAGGUUCGUGUUGUCACCCUACUCCCCCACCCCCACCCCUUCACAUAUCACCCUUUACUCCCUCCCAUAUGGCAGCCAGUGAA